AUGAAACUCCUAGCAUUGAUCUUCUCUGCCGUAGCUGUCGUGGCUGGAGCACCCACGGGCUCUGGGUCCACCAUUGCAGUCGAUAUCGUCUCCCGCGCUCCUAAUUCAGGAAAUCCGGGAUUCUAUUACUGCAAAGACGAAAACUUUGAGGGAAUGUGCACAUAUUCCACUACAGAGAGCGCGUUGUGCAUCACCUUCGCGGCGGGCGAUGCAUGGAUCGAUAACAUUUCGUCGGUGCGCCCGGAUAUCGGGAUGACCUGCACACUUUAUUCUGAGGUGGGAUGUAUGGGAACUGCUUUCUCUGUUAACGAUGAGAUAGCGAGUCUCAUUCCGCAGGGAUGGAAUGAUUUGACGCGUUCAUACACGUGCACAAGGAGGUGA